AAAAACUACAAAAUUCCCUAAAGUCUAAGUUCUUGAAUGUAUAGGUGACAUUGUCAUCAUCAUCAUUAUGAUAUAAUAAUAAUAAUAAUAAUAAUUAGGAUAUAGAGUUGGACUGAAAAAACAAAAAAAAACAAAAAUUCAAGAUUUUACUAGCUAUUAUACUUGUGGGAUCUGGGAUUUGUUCACUCUUUUGCUAACACAAAGUGUAUGGGCUAAUGCAGUGACUCAAAACUGAAAAAGAAAGUUUUCAUUUGUCAAACAUUCAAUCUUUGACAAGUUCUUCAAGACAUAUAGUACUUGUUAAUAAUACGGCUCGCGACAGUCUGAGAUCAGUUAUGUACAGAUCAUUUGUCACUUGUGAUGAUUCCAAAGGUGUUAUUGAAGGUAAGACCAUUAAAAAGUCCAAGAUUGGCCCUCGAAAUAGCGAAAAACAAAGGGAUUCAAAGGUUCUUGCAAAGGACUUGUUGAAAGGAGCUUUUGAUUUACAAGAGUCUUUAGCGAUGUUGGGGAAAUUGCAAGAAGCUUCGGAAUAUAUGACGAAGUUGAGGAAAAGAGAAGUUGAUGCAACGGGCGUUGGAAGGACUAAAUCUGAACGUGUUGCAGAUGAGAGAUGGAAUAGUAAUAAGGUGGAGUUUGGAAAGCGUAGUCUUUCUGUUGAUUAUUCUCGCGAUUGUUAUGAUGAGCUAAGGGAAGUAAUACGAGAUAGCCUUGCUAGACAAAAUCUGUUGCCACCGUGUUGUGCUUCAGAAAAGGGCUGUUCCGAUAGAAGAAAAGUAGACUUGAAUCACGAUUUCGCGUCUAGUAGCUUCACUAGCUCGAGUGAGUCAUCGAUAGAAAAGGCUUGUCUUGCUGGUAGAAAGUUGGUUAUGUCACCCGAGUUCCCGUCCAGUAGCUCAAGCCAAUUUGCUUCGUCUGACUGUUCUCCGGUCAAGACUCAACCGAAAGUGCCAAAUUUGAUCGCAAGGCUAAUGGGACUUGAAGAGAUUCCUUCAAUGCCGUUGCAUCAGAAACAAGUAGAGAAGGACAAGAUUUUCAAGCAAAGAAGGCCUAUAUUCGAAAUAAACUUGCCAAAGGCAAAGAAGCUGGCUGUCGUAAGCCAGAAGGUGGAUCCAAAACGGAGAACACUAGACGGAAUAAUUGAAACCAUGCAAUUCAAAGGCCUUUUGAGAUUCAAGUCUAAUAAUGUGAUCUGUCAUCAGUCGAAGAGUUCUGCCGAUGAUGCUCCACCCAUUGUGAUCAUGAAGCCCGUGUAUGCUCCUGAACUGCAGGCACCACGGUUUUCUGCCUCCAUCCGUGAUGAAAAUCCUCCGGACACUAAAGAUUCAUUCGGAAAAUGGAACUUUAAGGAAGAGAAUUCACCUGUGAAUUUCACUAUCUACCGGAAAAUGCAGACACAAAAAGUUCAGAAUAGUAGCUGCAUCCCCGAACAACGAUCCAAGGACCAUAGUGAAGCACCUGCAAGUCAAAAGACUAAUGAAGUUGUCACUCCUUUGACAAAAAAUAGAGCUUUUUCCCCUGGAAGGACUAAGCAACCUAAGAAAGAAGCGAUAGAAAAAAGGGUUGAGAGAACUCAACGAGCUCCUGGCGCGAAAAAUGCUGGUCCCAAUAACACUACGAAAGUUCAGGAUCGAAGUACGAAGACCACUGCUAAAGUGAGGAAACCUGAGAAAAAGUCGAAUGCACCAGAAAAACUUGUUGCAUCCAAAAAUAGCGCUGACUCAAAGCGCAUCACAGCAGUUGCAUCUCGUAACUCCAGAAAUAGUAAGAAGAAUGUCAAAACUGACAAGUCAGUGAAGAGUUCCUCCAUUGUCCCUAUUAUUGAGAAUAUGGAACACAAGGAUGAACCAGACAGUGAUAUAACCAUAACAAAGGUUACAUCCUUAGAAGAGCUUCCCUGCGAGGAAGUUGCUGAAAUCUCCCAAAAUGUUGUCACUGAUGAUCUAAAGAAUGGUGAAUGUUCCGCAGCUGAAUCUACCGUGCCAUUAAUCCAGCGUGGCCAUGACAUCCCACUGAUUAAGCACACUCUCUGUCAAGUCAAAUCUAAAGCCACUACACGACACAUACUGUUGAGCAACGAAUCAUUCCUCAGUCGGGCAGAGGAGCUUUUCGACACUGAUGCAUGGGAACCAACGGUAUGGAAGACAAUUAAUGUAGACAAUGAAAUGCCUAACAGCACGCUCGUACUGGACUGCGCGAAUGAAUUGUUAGAAUACAAACGGUCUCAGUAUACCGUGCAGGCAAUAUCAAAAACUCCUGUUAACAUGUCAAGAGUCUCCAUUUCCUUCGACAAGUUGUUGAAUGAAAUUUGUGGCGCGAUUGAAGUCUUGAAAAGUUAUGGUACUGUCGAUGCCAAUAGCCUUUCAGUAGAUACUCUUUACGCAUUGCAUGAAAGAGAUAUAUCGCGCGAUGGAGUGAUUAGUACAACAUGGGAUCUUGGUUGGAGAAAUGCAUAUACUCUGGAUGAAGUUGAACAAAUAGUGACUGUCAUUGAGAAGCAUGUUGUGAAUGGAAUAAUCGACGAUGUAGUUACUGAGUUCGCACUAUAGUCAUAUAUUCAGAGGCGCAUCCAGGAUUUGAAGUUUACUGGUUCUGAUGGCCCUUCACUUGCCACAGAACCCACAACUCAUUUAAGCUGCCGAGUUCGUAGUGCAUUUGUCAAUACAUAUACAAGAUCUUGAACAAAGUUACUGAAUUCUGCCGAACUCGUAACAUAUAUUGUGCCUCUUGCCUCUACAUAUAUUCAGGUUGACAUACAUGUAAAUAAAAAUACUCUUUAUAGUUUUAUACUUGCCUAUAAUAAUAUUGUUGCUGAUUUGAAUUGAUCUUCAUGUUGAACAUUUAUUGCUGACAAAGUAAUAUAAUGAAGUCCAUUUUUUACAA